UCCCACACAAAACCAGUGGGCUCCACCCGCGCCCAUCUCGUCUCCCUAUAUACCAAAGCCUCUCUUUAACUCUCCACGUUCAUCUCGGACUCUUCUCUUCGCUUCCACACCACCACCACUGUCGCAGUCAUCUUCACCUUGCUUCUGCCAUGUCGGGCAAAGACUGCGGCAGCCACGGGCACAAGCGCCGUAAACUCUUCCGCCAGAUUUUCGCCUGCAUCCUUAUCCUCCUGUUCCUUGUUCUCGUCACUAUCCUCUUAAUCUGGGCCAUCCUCCGCCCCAGCAAGCCUAGUUUCGUCCUCCAAGACGUCACCGUUUACGCCUUCAAUGUCUCCGUCCCUAACUACCUCACCUCCAACUUCCAAAUCACUUUCUCCUCCCGCAACCCAAAUGACAAAAUAGGCAUCUACUACGACAGGCUUGACGUCUACGCGACGUACCAUAGCCAGCAGAUCACUCUCCGUACAGCAAUCCCGCCCAAUUACCAAGGCCACAAGGAAAUCAACGUCUGGUCACCGAACGUCUACGGAACUGCCAUCCCAGUCGCGCCGUACAACUCUCUGUCGCUGAGUCAGGACCAGUCCACCGGAGCAGUGUUGCUGACGAUCAAGAUGGAUGGACGGGUGAGAUUCAAAGUUGGGACCUUCAUCUCUGGGAAGUAUCAUUUAUACGUGAGGUGUCCUGCAUACAUACAGUUCGGGAGUAGGACUGCCGGGAUUAUUGUCGGUGAAAACUCCGUUAAAUACUCUUUGCUGGUGAGCUGCAGCGUAAGUAUUUGAAGAUGAUGAAGAAAGAAGAUAACUUGUAAUAACGCCGUUAAGUAUUUUUCUUCCUUUUUUUUUUUUCCUAGAAUUUAUUUUGAAUACCUAUAUUUUUAUCUUUUUAAUGGAUAUUUUAUGAAAUUAAUGGCUUUGAAGUGUACACGUUCCUAAUUAAAGUGAAUAAAUGGAAGAAGAAAGAGCAAACAUGGGUAAAAUUACAGUA